AUGGUACAACACGGUACAUUUGGAACCAAGCUUCCAGUAACAGCCUCCCAUGAAGGUGCCGGCACAGUAGUCGCAGUCGGAAGCUCUGUCAAGAAUUUCAAGCUCGGAGAUCGUGUCAUGUGUGGGCUACCCUAUCAUCCUUGUGGCCAUUGCCAGGAUUGCCAUGGUCCGGAGACCUGGAGACAGUACUGCACCAACAUCGCAGGACAUUCGGGCGUACAUAGAAACGGUUUCUUUGCCGAGUAUGCGCUUGUGGAUUCUAGAAGCUCGACUCCGAUUCCAGAUGAGGUCACACUGGAGAGUGCGGCACCACUUGCAUGUGCAGGUCGAACAAUCUGGAGAGGUGUAUUAGAAGCUAACCUCAAAGCUGGCGAGUGGCUUGCCAUAGUUGGUUCUGGAGGUGGUCUCGGCCACUUAGGCAUCCAAUUCGCAAAAGCACUCGGCCUCAAUGUCGUCGGUGUUGAUGCUAGAGAUGAAGGACUUGCCAUGUCCAAAGAAAAUGGUGCCGAUGUGGUCAUUGAUGCACGCAAAGGCAAAGACAGUGUGGUUGCAGAAGUACAAAAGGUAAGUUUCCUCUACUCUAUGCAAAUCAGGUCUUUUCUCACGUACUGUCAAACANNGGUGACUGGAGGUGCUGGCGUUGACGCAUCAAUCACUCUGAGCGAUGCUGACGAUGCUGCUGGAAUGGCGUGUGCUAUAACGAAGAUGCAUGGCUGUAUGGUGAUGAUUGCACAACCAGACAAUGUCACUAUACCCUUCGCGGAAUUUAUUUUCCGUGACAUCAGAGUCAAAGGCUCUUUGCUAUGUUCACCUGAGCAGAGUGUAAGCAUGCUCAAGUUUGUCGCAGAGCACGGGAUCAGAGUAAAGACCAAUCCCUUCCACGGCCUCGACAAGAUUGGAGAUUUGGUUGAUCUGGUACAUGGAGGAAAGAUUCAAGGCAAAGCGAUUAUUGUGGUUGACGAAGAACAGAUCAAGAAAGAGAAGGAAUUGGGAGCUAAGUUUUGA